CCCUUUGUUUGAUGACAGUUGGCAGAUGGUAUUUCUAUUCGAAGGGACGAACAUAACGGAUUCAGAGAAAAACACAUCUAUAUAACUUUUCAUUCACGUGUAUUUCAUUAUUCAUCUUCCUUACAACUUGUGGGUUUCUCUGGACAAACAAGACUGAUCUGCCACGCUUUGUUGAUUUUCUGUGUGUAAGACUUGCAGUUUUUAACGACUCUGAACAAAAACAAUGGAGAACCAGCAUGCUGAGUUUGUGGACCGUCACAGAAGCAAACUCAUCCAAAGGGUUACUGCUGUGAUGGCCAUUGCUGAUUCACUGUUAGCUGUUAAAAUACUUCAUGAAGAAACAUACUCAAAUAUUUUUGUAGCACCUACAACAAUGGAGAAAAUGAGAAAGUUACUUGUUGCUCUGAACACCAUCAAAGCUAAAUCUGCUUUUUAUAAUUUGCUCAAAGAUAAUGACCGCUUCCUGUUUGAAGAUCUUAAACGAGAAGAAAUUGAACAGGGAAUGGAAGGGGCAUCUGCUCAGACCUCAUCAAAAGUACUGGAAACUGGAUCUAAUCCUCAAAAUACUAAUGCAGUGCAGAUGGAAGCUGUCCAACAGAGGACUGAGGACCAACAAAUAACCUGGUGGAACAGAGAUAGAUCCCGUACAAGACAUAAGACAAAAAUAGAGGAGCUGCAAAGAGAGACUGGCAAACAAAAAGUAGGGAUCCUCUUCUUUUAUAAAGUUGAGAAGUACAUGAUUGGCUCUGGAGGAAGUGGCACACAAGUAUAUAUUGGCGUGAGUGAAGAUGGCAUUGAAGUAGCCAUUAAAAUAAUAACCAAGAACCCAAAGAACAUCAAAGACUUUGAAAAUGAACUGAAGCUAUUGCAAGAUUCAAAGCUUGAAAGCCCAUAUAUCGUCAGGUAUGUGACCUGUGCACAGGAUAAAGAUUUUUACUAUCUUGCAAACCAGCUUUGUGAAUAUGAUCUAGUGGACUACAUGGAAUAUCUUCGUCAGUCAGAACAAAAGGACCGAAAAGAGACCACUUUGAGGAGAAUAGUGAAGGAGAUUCUUUUUGGCCUUCAAGUUCUUCACCGUGCUGAAGUGGUACAUCGUGAUAUAAAGCCUAGAAAUGUUUUGAUAGAUAAAGAAGAAAGGGCCAGGCUGGCCGACUUCGGCUUGAGUCGCAAACUGGAGGAGGGGGAAACCACUAUGUAUAUUGACAGAGCUGGUACACAAGGCUGGGAGGCAACGGAGAUUGUAGAUCAGACAGAAAUAGGUGGAUACAAAAAAAGCUCAGACAUCCAGGUAGCAGGGAUGUUAACCUAUUACAUCCUUUCUGACGGGAGACAUCCGUUUGGUGAUGGCAUCCGCUGUGUAGUGAACAUUUCAGAAGGGAAAUAUUCUCUUGAAGAUAUUCAAGAUAUUGCAGCAAAGGAUCUCAUAGAGUGGAUGAUCAAUAAAGAACAAGAUAAGAGACCGAAAAUCGACAAGGCCCUAAAUCACCCUUAUUUCUGGGAUGAUAAACGAAAAAAGGAAGUGCUUAAAGAACUGGGCGAUCAACCUGAAGUCCAGCACUAUAUUGAUAUUUUAAAAGUUUGCGAAACUAAGAAAGCUGAAGAAGGCCUAACAGCAAGAGAAGCCGUAGAAAUGACCUUCAUUAAUAAAAAGGACAAGCACAGAGUAACUGCAAUCCUUAAGAUGCUAGGAGAGACAGAAUCACAGGAAGUCCAGAACCAAAACUUAGAAGAUCUUUCUAAGCUUUGCAACGAUGUAGAGAAACUGACACAAGGCAAAUCAUUUAAUAAAUGGAAAUCAGAGCUUUCAGACAUGGCCAAUCCUUUUCCAGAGGACUUACUUGGCCUGCUGCGUACAUACCGCAACAAACUGAUUCACGGGGGAUUCGAUGAACAGAUGCUCCACCGUUUUCCAGACCUCUACAUCAGCUUGCACAGAUUGGCUACAGACAUGGGCUGGGACUGUACCUGGUCUUAAAUUGAGCCAGGAGAACAUCAGCAACUGUUGUGAGAGGAGAUGAGAGAGCCUCUAUCAUGGGGACUAGAGUUGUUAGGUUCUAGCUCGUCCAUGGAGGGGUGAAGCGACACAUGUGUGACCCAUCAAGUGUCACCACUCUCAUUCUCUUUAAGAGACCUCUAAAGGACAGAAAUAAAUAAUGAUAGAUACUACUGAAUUCAUGGCAAAUAAAAAAACUUAAUAAUGCAUUUUUGUCACAUAGGAAUUCGCUUCACAGUAAAGCACUGAAUUUGAGCCUGAAGGAUCUGAGGAUCCUCAAAUGAAGCCUGUGCGUGUUUUGCUUCAAGAGAGCAACCAUACAUUUGUGUUGUUUUACUUUCUUAUGUAUUCAUUCAUUUAUAACAAUUUAGCAUGUAAUCAUCUUAUUAUUCUGUUUAAUCAUAUAAUCAUUUAUAAUUAUUAUUACAGUCAUUUAGGUACCACUUUAUUUUACAGUCCUGUUCCUCAUGUACAUACUAUAUACUUAUUAUAGUAAUUACAAUAACUAGGUACUAACCCGAACCUAACCCUACCCCAUGUAGUUACCUUGUAUUACCAGAACUUUCUUAGAUAAAUACACUGUAAGUACAUGUACUGUAAAAAAAAAAAAAAGUGUUACUGUCAUUUAUAUAUACAGUUCAUUUAUUCAUGAAUUGAUUAGUCAUUAUGUAAGAGAUAAUCAAUGGUUAUUUGCUCCACUUCGUGUCAGGGGGUUCUUUGCCUCCACAUCGUGAAUUUAAAAUCCUUUAAUGCAUGGCAGACUGUUGAUUAUCCUUUACUUACAUUAUAGUUGUUUUUAUACUAUUUUCCAUUGUUGUUUUAGUCUUAUGACUAUGUGUUUGAAGAGAUGUUUAUCUUCAUGAAUAAGAGAUAUGACUGAAUGUUUAUGGAAACUCAAGGUUUAUGGGAUGUUGUUGUGAAGCAGUUUUGGUACAUGUUGAAUUUGUCUAAGAAUUGAAACAUAGGCAACUAAGACUAUUCAAUAAACUCUGUUCCU